CAGCAGCCUUCACCUCGGGCUGGCGAAAACGUCCGGCCUCCUCAAAUAGUCGCCAUGGUGGUUAGAAGCUCGUCUGAGAUUCGCCCCUUCACUGCUCGUCUGAAAGAUCUACCCGACAACGCCUCUCGCGCAAGGGCGGCAGCUAUAUGCGUUCGACUUGGGCCACUCCUCGCCUCGGAGAGAAUGUGCCACGAACUCACUGUCGACCCAUUUACCCUACCUCCCAAGGACAUGCGCACUUCCUCUCCUGCGGUAUCGAAAGCCGUCGCGGUGCUGGACGACCUUGGGGACAUGCUCGAGACGAACUACCCAGGGAAGAGCGGGCUGCUCGUCCCGGCGAUGCAGCUGCUGGACCGCAUAUGGUUCAACAUAAUCGACUGGAUCACUUUCCUGCAUCCGAACAGUGGCUACCUGGAACCCGAGCCUGUUCCGCACGUCGAUGGCGAGCCCUCUGGGCAUAUUGACACCGUCAUCUCGCUCUCGCGCGCUCUGCUGAAGUGGAAGAAGCCGGCGGCGCAUUUGCUCGCGCAGACACCGCAACUUUACUCGCAGGUCAUGUGGCUUUGGCUUCACAUCCCGGACUACCUCACCGGGAACAUGAGCGACAGGAUUGAGGACUUCGUCGUCUGGCUCGAAAUCCUCGUCGAGGGGAUGUACGCCAUGCUAGGCGCGAGCGUCGACGUCGACUCAGACGUCGAGUCGCUGGAUUCCGACAUCGAGGAGCCAGAGCAGUACGAGCCAGCCGCCGUCCGCCAUGCCAUCGCCUGUGUCAAGUAUAGACCGCGAAAGAUGUACAGGCUCGCCAUCCGAUGCGUGCAGAAGCUUGUCGACGCCAUCGAAAUCUGGAACGACAAACUGGUCGACCACGCGCUCACCUUCGUCGCACAACACCUGGAAAUCGUGCGCGCUCUGGCAACCGAGCUCCUCGUCAUCGGCAACCACGCGCGGGACAUCGUCCGCAGCGUGGUCCAUCUCGCGCGCUCGCUGCAUGCGCUGAGACCCGGGCAUGAAGCGGUCGGGCGCGCGGGUAGCUUGCUGGGAGAUAUCUGGGACACUGCGACAGACAACCGGUCAUUGGUCUGGGCGCUAAACGACGGCGCCUUCCCUCUGCUCAUCGAGAUAUGCCACUCUUUGCCAACCGACGACACGCGGCGCAUGUUGAUAGGCGCCGGCAUGUUCAAUGUGGCUGCUCGUACGGCCCACCUACCUGUGAUACGCGCCUACACCAAGCACAAAGGAGACGCGUCCUUCGCCAGCUCUCGCUUCCUUGACGACCUUGAUGACCUCGAUGACGAUGAAGAUGAUGACGAAGACGACGAAGACGACGAAGAAUAUAGUAAAGACUUGGACGUAUCGCUGAUUGAUAGAAUUCUCGACAAGCGUGCGCAGUUGGCUAAGGAUGCGUUCCCCAAGAAAUGUGCAAAUCCACAGUGCAAUCGCCAGAACGUAAAGCUGCGCCGUUGCCCUUGCAAAACCGUCUACUACUGCUCGAAGGAGUGUCAGUCAGCUCGCUGGUCCCUCCACAGCGUUGAUUGCUUGAAAGGCGCUAGAAAAGGAUUGAAGUACUUCGGAGGCUUCGAAAUCGUGGAGGACGCGGACUACCUAUCGUACCGAGACGCGAUGUUUCUCUCUCUUCUCGCCAAGAAGUACGUCUGUGGCUUAGACGUCGUGGCCAUCAUAGAUAGGAUCAGGGAAAUGCGCUCAAAAGCACAACCGCGGGGCACCAAGAAGGACAUUUUCCUCGUGGAGAUCGACUACGGCGAGAUGCCGGUGCACUACGGCGUCAAGUAUGUCGAUCAAGACUCGAAGUAUGAGCAGUGGCAAAAGGACCCGACGGUCAUAGUCACUGCGAAGCUUUGUCCGCUACCGGUGCAGGGAGGUGGAACCUCCGCAUGCGUUACUGCUUGGCGACUCGUGCAUUGCUUCUCUCCCGCCACCCCGAUCAGUGACAGCCUUGCGUUCGCCUCUGAACCAAAACAGGUAGCCUUGAAAGGCCUUCAGCAAGCGCUACGUCAGGAUGCUAGCAAACUACCUAUGGGCAAAAUGAUCGACGCAGCAGUUCGCCGCCACGUCUCGAUUGUCAUCGCGGUUGAAGAAGUGGGCGGACUUUCCAUUGACCCCUUCACCAUCAACAAGUUGCACUGGAUUCCCACCCACGCAGAUGUGCUGCGCGGCUGUGAGGCUAUUCAGCAACUCUCGGCAUUGCUCCUGGUUAUGGACUUAGCGACAGAGCGUGUCCGCCACAGCGUCCUGGGGUAUAUCCGGAGCAUAUGGUUCCCCAUGGUCGCUUGGAUGGACUUCCUCCAUCCGGGGCAUGGCUAUAUCCAGGGUCUUGAUCGCGCACACAUUCUGGCCCAUCUCGGGCUCUACGCCCACCUCUACCGCCAUGACCAAGACUUUUCGCUCGAAAUGUCGCAGACCCCUCAAAUGCACUCAUGGUGUAUGUGGUUGUGGUUGCACGUACCCGAAACGAUGCGGCUAUCCGGGCCUACGCAAGGCGUACGCGAUGAUCUAGUACACGCACCCCUGGAAUAUCGUACCCUUCUUCUGUGGAGUUUGCAACUCGACUUGGCGGUCAGGCUGAUGCUAUCUUCUUCGUCGAAGGAUGAUACACCACUGAAUAUCGAUAUACCUCGUUUGCAAGAGGCGCUUGCGUCCGUCGGUCACCGGUUGCACCGUCUCUUCUCGCUUGCUAUGCGCUGCAUAUCGCUUCUGCUUGCUGGAUAUUCCGUCACGACGCGCACGAGCAAGGACACCCAUAACCUGAUACACUGCCUUUCUGAAAAGCUUGCGAUGCUACAUACGAUCGCCGGGCAUACAUCCCAGAUCAACCCAGACAGCCUACGUCCGCGCGUCGCCACCGCCCUGCUCGACAUAGUCAGAACUCUCCGCGACAUCCCCGGAGGGAUUCCAGUAGCCAGCAUGGGAUACGAAAUCAUCACGAAAUACUGGUACCAUUCGUCAGACUAUCGACCUUUGGUCCGGAGUCUGAAGGACGGCAUAUUUCCGGUCGUGCUCACUCUCGAUCGUACGCCAUUGCUCGAAGAAGACAGAGAAGUGCACGAGAAGCUUUUCUGGUACAUUGCCAAUCGCACGGCGCACUAUCCGGUCGCUGCCGCCUUACAGAAACAUAACGAAGGUCUGACAUUCAGCGACGCUCGCUUCGAGGACACGAAGAAGUGGGCGGAUGCGGACGAGGAGGUGGCGAAGCGACUUGCAAUUGAUGUUGACCAUCUCGAGCCAGGUUUGCUCAUCGAAGGCGCAAAACGAUAA